UCAAUAAAUGACAGUUCACUGACGUUCGCAGGUUAAUGAAGUGUCAAACGUUUUGUCUUUAUUGACAAUUUUUGUUGAAUAUACAUUUUGAAAUGGUAUUCGUAUUCGGAAAUUAAUAAUACCUUCUGGAAAUUAUUGAAUAGUUUGUGCAUCAGAACAAAAACUGUUUAUUUUAAACAAAAUGGAACCUACUCCGCCCGAUAAUAAUGGACAACAGACUAAUUCACCCAAUACCCCGCAAGAGAUAUCCGUAGACAAUAAUCCACCAAGUGCAGCAUCCAGUCCGAUAUCUAGUCCAGUGUGCAUGGCGGCUAGCUCAUCUCAAGAGGACAUUCCUCCUCCCAAAGCUGACUACUAUGCUCCACCCCCGUAUGAAGUAGCUACGAAGGGCACCAAGUUGCCAACAUACGAAGAGGUUCAAAGAGAAAAGCACUUGGAGGAACAGGAUAAUCCCAUUCCGGUUAAUUCUCCUAGUACAAGGCCUUUACCAUUUCGUCCAGGGCAGAGAGUUAUUACGAUUGAUGCUGAGAACACUGAUGAUGUAGAUACUUCAUUGUUAGGAACUGAUUUUAUGUUUUAUAUCGCGUUUUUUGUUGCCUUUAUUUUUAACUGGAUAGGAUUCUUAUUGUUAAUGUGUUUCUGCCACACGAUCGCAUCGAGGUAUGGAGCUCUGUCAGGCUUUGGACUGUCCUUGGCGAAGUGGACUUUUAUCGUCCAACACUCAACCGAGUUGGCUUCAAAAGACAACAGUUGGUUGUGGUGGCUGAUCAUGACUUUUGGUCUCAUCAUCUGCAUCCGCGCCAUCCUUCAAUAUCUGAGUAUAAAAAGAGGAUGGCACAUGUUGUCGGCCAGUCACCAAGAAAGACUUUUAUUUUUUUAUUGAGCUUUAAUGAGCAUGUAGAUGUUUUCAAGUAUAUUUUUUGUAUACUUGUCACAACUUGUCUUUUAUUGUGAUUAGAAUUGAUUAUAUCAAGUUUUUCAUUCCUUUUAUCUACGGUGUUUUUACGUUAAAAAUUCAUCGGCGUUGAAUAGAAUAGAUUGAACUGCUCAGUCGGCUCAGUGUGCUCUUUCGUUAAGGCAGUAAAUGUAGUAGGUCGUAAAGCUGUUUACUGGUUUAUUUAAACUUCCAGCGGGUGCGUCCUUUAACGUCACAUGAGCGGACGCUGUCGUAAAUUUUACGCCUUUUUGUAAUUGUUUUAAAUAUAUUGAAAUUGUUAUAAGGAUAUAAAAAAUAUGUUUUACGGUAUUUUAAUAUCGUUGUUUACAAAAAAAAAACAACAUUUUAAAAUAUAAUAUUUUAAAAUAUUCUAACUAUUGGUCAGAAUCAACACUCUCAUUCUUUCAAUAAUUGUGAACCAUCUCAACUACAGAGUGCUUCUUGCACAUCACAUAAAUGCCUGAUAAUGGCAACACUAUAUUGAUCCUGAGGAUUUUUACUUCUCUAUUACACAUUGUCGACACCGCGCAUUGGAAGGUUUCUGUUUUGUUCUUCUUCAGUAAGUUCAACCUCCCAACCAUAAGUCACCUUGAGGAGGGCACUUAUAUCUUGAAGUAACUGUCUAAGGAUUGAUCUGACAAAAUUGGUCAGGAAAUCUCUUCGAUAUGUAGGAGCUUUCGCUGGACAGGGCAAUUUGUAAAAUUUGAUCAUUAAUGCCGCCAAUAUUUAUCACACUCUAGAAAACUAUACACGGUCAUCUCUUUGUUCUCAUCACACGUCUUGUCUACUAACUGUAUCUACUACACCUUUGGUUUCAUUGUAAUCAAUCUAUUUUCAUAGAAAAAAAAUUACGAAUUAUUAUUAAUAUACUUACAUGAAACGGCGCGUGUCGUAAAUUUUACCAAAGAUGGAAAUUUGUAGAUAUCAAACACGUAUGCGUACAUCUGAUAACGUUAUUGGUUUAGGAAUACACCGAACCUUACAAACCUAAAAGCUCGAUUGUAUGGUAUGAGUGCGGGGCACGACCACGUGCUUUUGUCGUAAAAUUUACAACAGCGCACCCGCUGGAAGUUAAUUUGCGUAGAAACAUGUAGUUUUAAUAAUUACUACAUCAGGUUACGAGAAUAACAUGCAAAAUUGUGGAGUAGUUCAAGAAAUUAGUGUUUUUUAAGCCAUUACAUCUAGUCUCUCUUUAAUUUGAUGUGCUUUGGCAAAUGUUUUUCCGAUAAUGGCAUUUUAAAGAAUGCGUCCGUUAAGAAAAAGACUCUUAAGAAUCUCAAAAACCUGUCUUUUCAGUUGGUUUCUUCACUUUUCUUGAUGCGAAGCUAGUAGUUUGUACAUUGAGAUGUUUACUGCUGUUGGAUAUAUCUGAUACACAUUUAAUAAUUGAUCUAGAACCAUAUUAGUGCAGUGGCGGUUUUUGGUCAUAUUUACCGUGGAUAAGGCUCAUUGUCCGACCACAUUGAUCACAAGAUGGUACGGACCAGUAUACACGUUUUCCAAUUUUUUGUGAAUGAAUAAUGGCGGGGAACACCUCACAACAAAUGAGGUGUUUUUCAAGUUUAUUAAUUUUGUUUAAACUACAAUAUUUCUUAUUUAAAUAGGUAAAAAAACGGUUUAGUCUGGUCACAUUCAGAAUGUAUGUAUGUGAAUCUAAAAAGCGAUAAUUCAUCUUACAACAGUGCCAUCUGUUGACUAGUUCAAGAACUUUUCAUCUUACUCUUGUAUUUCACCCUAUAUUCUGACUCGUAAUCGUACAAGCUCUCUAUAUUUCUUUAUAUUUCCCUAUAUCUUUCGUAGAUUUAAAUUUAAAUAGUUUAAACUUAGAUCUUUCUUAAAUAAAAUAACUUUCUGAAAUUGUGUGCUACAUCUCUUGGAAGAUGAUGAUAGCAUUGGCUUCUUGUUGUUCCUUUUUAGAUGUUCUUAUCAAAAGCUUAACAGUCGGAGGCGAGUGGUCAGUUUUUCCGAGAUUUACUGAUCAUCAGGUUACCCUGUGAAAAUUAUUCAGCUGAAUUUACAGCAAAUUACAUCAUAUUUUACUCGAAUCGAUUUGAAGACAUUAUCAUUUCAUUUAUUACCAAUAAUCCAUACUCUUAAUACUGUUCUUGGACAACUACUUAUUUAGUAUUCAUAAUAUUAAGAUUUGACCAUGAAAUGGCAAAUGUAGCCAGAAAGAAAUUGAAUGUCUACUAUGUACUGUCAGUGUAUAAAACGACGAACGAAAGUAACAAAAUGGUUUAGUACUCUAAAAAUUUUGUAUCUUUGGAUGACUGGCAUAUUUAUUUUAAAUUUCUGGAUCAAAGAGCAUGACGUCAAUAAAUUUGUAACGUAAAAAUACUGUAGAACUGUUAAAUCGUUCAAUAUUACAAGAAAUUAGAUAAAUAUUGAUACAAAAAUGUACUUGGCACAAAUGUACAAAGGUUUACUUGGCAGUAAAUUACCCAUGGCAACUCUGGAAAUAACAGUUCCCAUCAUUUGUAACGGGUAGCUUUGUUAGAUACCAAACUCAAAUAGCAAAAUAAAAUUUAAUCAUGGCGAAGGCAUCUAUCGACAACGCUACGAUUCACUGCUGAUCCGAACAAAAGAUAUGGUUAAUUGAAACGAAAAUACGAUGCGUUAGUAAGUAUACACACACAAAUCAAAGAGAAAGAACGAUCAGUGCUUGUUCUGGAUUAGAGGUGGACUGGUUGAUCAAUACUCGACUCGGUAAGGAUCGGGAAGGCGUCCAAUCAAUACUUGAUCGCCGCGACAGGACAGUUUGGCCCUAAGUCAAGAUUUUAAGAGCCGGUUCGGGAGCCGCUACUAAAUAAAUACUUUAGAGGAAGCGAUUGGCCUUAAGUCAAUACUCUUCGGCUAAUUCCCUGCUCUAUUGUAGAUUCUGGAGAACGUCGUUUUAUAUCGUUGCCGGUAAUCUAUCUCCACCGCGCAUCGAAUGGAAGUGGUAGCUAGUAGCGUCGACGGCGCGAGUUGAUAUUCUAAGUCCACUUUGAAGAGAAAAUGAAUGAGAAAAUUGUUUGAUAUAAACGGGGUAAUCAUACUCAUAUUUUUAAAGCAUCAUUUUUGAAUCCCUAUAUCUCUGUUACUGUAACAAUGAACCAUUUAACAGGUCUACAAAUGUGUAUAUUUAAAUUUACUCUAUUAUACUAUUUUCCAUGUACAUUAAUUUUUAUGCAAUUAUCUGUAGUUGUUAAGCACUUUUGGUAUACAAUGAUGUAAUAUAUAUUCUGCUCUAAAGUGUA